GUCGGCGUCGUCGUCCUGUGUCGAUUUCAAGAGCUAGCCAAGGUAUGUCGGCAAGGCCGAAGACAACAGCCUCUGCCCCCUGACAGCUGAUCUAUUGCAGAUUGUAUAACGCUUCAUGAUAUGGACUGAAAAGUUGUAAUCAUCAUCAGUAUUGCCAAGACCUUGGAAUCCUCCACAUGAAUUGUAUGGGCCCAAAAGACUGGGGAUUGAAAGGAGCAAACCAACCAACCAAGAGAACCCUGAGUCCUGAUAAUUUUCUGAGUCUUUACAAUCUCGCGUGCAUGAAACCAUGCUCACAAAAAAAUGGAUCCGGGUUAUUGUCACAGUCGUACUGUUUGUGGUACUGGUGAGAGUCUACAUAAAGAGGAGAACAAGGAAAGAAGAGAAAGGUUUAGAGUUGGAAAUAAAGUUCCCAGCACUUGUGAGAGGAAGAAGUGGUGCAAAGAAAAGAAUUCCACCAGACUACAAUUACACCACAGUAUUUAAUGACAAAUAUUCCUUCUCUAAUGGAAAAAAUGCAAAUGGGAGCAGCUUGAUUCAGGAUUCUUGGAGGUCCAGAAAGUUUGUUAACCCUGUUGACCCAAAGGUCAUUGACCCCGAGGCAGAGGCUACCAUGUGGAUGGAGAUUACCAACCAUUCUGCUCCUCAAAUUGAAGAGAUGAGGGCGCUUGUUCACAAGCGCUGGACGGCAAAUAGAGAGGGCCUCUUGAAAUUUAGACAACAACUUGAAGAAUUCAAGGCCAGUGUUAUGAAUGCUACUCUGACCCAGAAUAACACUCGACCGGGACAGAAAAUAAGAUACUCCCUCAACCGAGAUGCCUUUGCUAACAUUACAUCAGAAAUCUUCAGUUUUCUUCCCAAGGAAUCUCUGUUUUCAAAGGUCAAGUUUCCAAAGUGUUCUGUGGUUGGUGCUAGUGGGAUAUUGGUAAACAGUAAAUGCAGUGAACAGAUAGAUAAUGCAGACUUUGUCUUCAGAUGUAAUCUGCCAGAUCUGAAAGGAUUUGAGACGGAUGUUGGAAUGAAAUCAAACCUUACUACAAUAAACACAAUAUCAAUCAUUGCUAAAAGGUAUAAUUUCAUGCAGACAAUAAGUGACAGUAAGAAGUUCAUCCGGACAUUGCAAGAUUUCCAUGGUUACCUGUGGAUGCCCUUAUUUGGACUCAAAUCAGGAUUGUCAUACAGUAUGAGAGUAGCAAGGCUCCUUCACCAGUCCAAAGACAUUCCAAACUUAAAGCUCAUUAUUGGCAAUCCGGAUCAUUUUUCUGCAGUCCAGGACUUUUGGAGGACCAGGUUUCUCAGUACAAGAAUAAGCACAGGUUUAUAUGUUGUCACCCUGGCUCUCUCCGUCUGUGACGAGACCAACCUGUAUGGAUUCUGGCCAUUCUCCAGGGAUUUGAACCUCCGUCCUUUAAAGUACCAUUACUACGAUGACCUUGAUGGACCCCUCGCUGUACAUAGCUUCACUGAGGAGUUCAGCACAAUGCUCAAUAUGCACAAAGAUGGCCUCUUAAGAAUGCACUUUGACAAGUGCUCUUGAAGCGAUUAGGACGUUGCUUUGGUCAUGCAGAGGAUGUCCAUCACAGUAAGUCAUUGAUUGUUUGGCAGAAGGGAAGGAAAUCAAACAUCAAAUUUCCUUCUCUUUUUUCUUACCUAGCUCUUUUUUUAAAGGGCUAUUCAGUACUUCAUUUCAGAUGUUGUAAAGGAAAACUGUAUCUGUUACUAUUUUCCACAAUGAUGUGAUUUGAUUUGAUUUUGUGAUUGAAGUUACUAAUGUUUUGAAAAGCUUUUAGAUCUAUGCACACUCACCGUAACAUUAAUGACCCAUGACCAUUUCAAAUAUGCAUGAAAUUAUUGCUAGUGUAACUUUCUGCAUAUACUUGCGUGUGUGUGUAUUUGAGUUUUGUCAGACAUGUAUCGAUCAGAUAUGAUUGUUAACAUCUGGGACCGACCUUUAAACGUCACCAUCCGAAAGACGUGACCAGGGCUCGAACCUCUGCAUCAAUUUGUAACUUCCCCCACAGCUUGGAUUACAGGCGCACGCCACAACGCCCAGUUUAUAUACUGGCAGUCCAUGGUUGUACUAUUUAACAUGAUCUUUCUUAACUUUGAUUUUAGUACAUGUACUUUUGAACUCAUGAACAGAAAAUCCAGAAAGUUUGAAGAGUCAUUUUUGAGAUGUCCUGAUAAAGUGGAUUUUGACAUGGCUUGUGAGAUUGUUCAAACACGACAAAUUCAAAUUCGUUUUAGAUUACAUGUACAUGUAUCUUGUACUGGUGAUUUUGAUCCUAAGAAUGGGUUUGCAUCCAGUUGUGUAUAUCAACAAUACACAAUUUGCACUGGCGCAUAGCAGUGUCCGCUGCUAUCUGAGUUGCAUCAAGAGAAAAUACAAGUUGAAUAUCAUCCGCAUAAAUAUGGUAGUCAGUUAUGUGAUGGAAUAUAACUUGACGCUAUCCAAUCAAAUAAAUUAAAAGAAAAAAAAACACCUUGUGGUACACUAUGAGUCAGAGAUACUGGUGAUUUGGAUCCUAAGAAUGACUUUGCAUCCAAUGAAUAAUGUUAGCAUAAAUAUGGUAGUCAGUUGUGAUGGAAUAUAACUUGACGCUAUCCAAUCAAAUAAAUUAAAAGAAAAAAACACCUUGUGGUACACUAUGAGUCAGAGAUACUGGUGAUUUGGAUCCUAAGAAUGACUUUGCAUCCAAUGAAUAACGUUAGCAUAAAUAUGGUAGUCAGUUGGGAUGGAAUUUAACAUGCUGCCAUCCAAUCGAAUAAAUUGAAGAAAAAAGCCUUGUGGUACACUAUGGGUCAGAGAUAAAGCAACUGAUUUAUGCAUACAGUCUGUGAAUAGGAAGAAAGAUGGGAUUCAAAGCACUUGAAUGAAUUUUCAAUCAGUCAACCUGAGCUUUCAGUAACUGGUGGUUUGAGAGUUGCGUGUACCAGUCAAAAGUACUCUACCGUUGACCCUGCAUGUUUUACACACUUAAACAAGGGCAAUUGAUGAUGGCUAUACAUCCUCAUUUUGCAUUUGGACCCACCUGUGCUAAAGGAUUUUUACAUGUAUGUUUGUUAUAUUUUUUAGAUUGUUCUUUUGGCCUGAUGUUGCUAUCAUAAAUUGAUGAAAAGUGGCCCAUGAAUGCCACAUAAUAAACCAUAAUUAAAUAAUGUGACAAUAGUGGAAUGAGCAGUCAACCCAAACCAAAUAUAGCUAGGAUAUAGCCAGGGGCCGAAGCCACUUGCUCCUGGGACUGAAACAGGGUUUCCCCCUUCAGAGCCUGUACGGAUGCAUGCUAGGUUUGUCAUCCCCAUAGGGAGCUUGGCGAGCUAGGAGCCAAGUUAGACAAGCUAGUAACCUUGACUUCUAACCUCCCCACUUCAUCAAAAGCCUCUUCACAUUUUUCUCAUUUACUUUGUAAAUCAGUGAAAUAUGUGUCAAGUAUAUAUUUUUUCUGUUCUCACAUUGAAAUUUGUUAAAUUUCAGGCCAAAAUGCCAAUGUUUUUAGGUGCAUGGCCAAUUUUUUUUUUUGGGGGGGGGCAGGGUUUAUACAAUUAGUAAUGCACAAAUGGGAAACAAAUAAUGAACAUUCAUUUCAUUUCAUUUAAUGGUAUAUUCAACAGACAUGUAUCGCAGUAAA